AUAAAUACUCUGUUACAUUCGGUGUAAGAAUUAAGUAACAUGAUUUUUUACUGGCAGCCAUUAAAUCGAAAUCCGCGUCUAUCCCGGAAAGCGCCCUGAAAACCUAUCAUCAACCUUUAAAUUUAUUUCGAGUAUAGAGAGAUGUUGACUUGAAAUAGCUUAUUCUAAUGGGAUAUGUUCAAGCUAUCAAAAUCCAACAAAGACUGGCAAAAACUAGACACUACUUACUGUAUUUCCUUUAAAAUGAAAUUUCUGCCAUAUCACUAGAAAAAAAAAAACAUGUUUUGAAAAAACAUAUAAGGUUACAGGCUUUUGACCCACUAGGGGCUUUAUUGUAAAUAAAACAACCAGCAUCGAAGAGAAAACAAACCUGAUUUAGAGAGCUACUGGUGGGAUAAACAGACGCUGCCUCAUAUUUCGUCGUGAUUUAGGGUUUGGUGAUAAAUCAAUCAAAGAACAGUGGUAAAAGGAACAUUUAUUUGACGUUAUGAAAUGUUAUUGGAUACUUCGUGAGAUUUUGCUUGGUCUUUUGGUUGGAUCAUUUGCGCAUGUGCAAGGGAAAAAGCCGCAUAUCAUUAUCAUCGUGGCAGAUGACCUGGGUUGGGAUGACGUCAGCUUCCACGGCUCGCCCCAGAUCCCCACGCCGUACAUCGACUUCUACGCCAACAGAGGGGUGAUCCUGAACAACUACUACGUAUCACCCAUGUGCACCCCAUCACGAGCGUCCAUGAUGACGGGAAAAUACCCCAUCAACCUCGGUAUGCAGCAUUUUGUCAUUUGGGCUGCUCAGCCUUACGGAAUACCCCUAGACGAGAUUACGCUCCCGCAGUACCUCCGGAUUCACGGAUACAAGACUCGAGGCUUAGGCAAGUGGCAUCUAGGGUUUUUCACCAAGGAGUACACUCCCGUAUACCGGGGAUUUGACUCAUUCUACGGCUUCUGGAAUGCAAAGACCGAUUAUUGGAACCACUCCUCCUACGAAAACAAUUUCUGGGGCGUUGACUUACGAGACAACAUGGAGCCCGUGCAGAGCGAGGACGGUACAUACGGAACUGAACUGUUCACGCGCGAAGCCGUCAAAGUCAUCGAAGCCCACGACACGUCCACGCCUCUUUUCUUGUACGUUGCGCAUCAAGCCGUGCACACGGCCAACCCUAACGAGCCCCUGCAAGCGCCUCAGGAUAAGAUAGAUCGAUUUAAAGGCACCAUCGACGAUGAUCAGCGACAAGUUUACGCUGCCAUGGUGACCUCCCUUGAUCAAUCAGUGGGCGACAUUUUCGCAGCACUUAGCAAGCGCCAUAUGCUGAGGGACAGCGUAGUCAUUUUUACCACCGACAACGGUGGCGCGCCUUACGGUCUCAACUGGAAUAGAGGAUCCAACUUUCCCCUCCGCGGAGGGAAGGACAUGCUAUGGGAGGGAGGGGUCAAGGGCGUGGCAUUCGUCUACAGUGACCUCAUCAAGCAAAAGGGGCGUGUCUCUAAGGAACUGAUUGACGUGACUGACUGGGUGCCGACCAUCUAUCACCUCGCGGGGGGUACCGCCGAGUUCUUGGUCCCUAACAUGGACGGGAAGAACGUCUGGAGCACGAUAUCCGAGGGGGCCCCGUCACCAAGGGAUGAGAUAUUGCAUAAUAUUGACCCAUGGCGCAAGUUUGCAGGCUUGCGCAAAGGCAAGUACAAGAUCGUACAAGGCAUGGAUGACACGUACAAGGGGGUGGGCUGGUACGACCGCUACCCUGGCCACGCCUUAUCCAGUAUGAAGCAGCCAGAACUUUUACCUGGUGCUGUCAUCGACUGCAAGAAAACUUUUGACGAGGAGAGAAAGUGCGACUCAUCUGAUGGAAAGUUUUGUCUUUUUGACAUGGAAGAAGAUCCCUGUGAAUAUCAUGAUCUAUCCAACCAGCUGCCUGAAGUACUCGCCGAGAUGAAAACUAGACUGGAAUACUACAAGAACAUAGCCCUUCCGCCAUGGUUUCCGCCCAUAAACAAAGCUGCAAACCCGGCAAAUUUUGGAGGAUUCUGGAGUCCGUGGAAACGCUUGAAAGACAAAAGUAGCGUUAUAAAUGUCAAACGAGCACUAAAAAAACUAAAACAGGCAGAGCAGUUAAAAGCAACAGCAGACUUGCUUGCGUUUAACGACACUUUAAAUAUGAAUGUUUCCAUGGAGAUGCCACAGAAUGACGCAACACUCGGUGACGUCAAAGCCAAGCCCUGGUGGGUUCCAAAUAAGCCAGUUAGAAUUCAUAGCACAACGCCCUGGGAAACGCACGUGGAUAAGUUACAUUGGAGAAAAACACCCCGAAAAAGGAACGACGAGAGCCUUUGAUUUAAUUAUUCAAAAAACAUUGGAAAAUGUUAGGAUACAAACUAUAUUGACAAAGGAAGUUAGUAGCGGAUCUAGGGGGAGUGUUUAGAGGGUUUAUAUUUCAGAAAGCCAUAUGUAAUUUUAAAAAUAACUACCCCUACCAUCUUUGUCACUGAGCCAAACCCCCCUUUAGCAAAAGCUAUAUCCGUCCCUGGAAGUCGCAUAAAAUAAAACAAAGGAGUUUUAGAGUUUUUAGUAUCCUGGAUGUACAUAGUCCAUCUUUAUAUAUAAGUUGUUUUUGGGAGGGUCCCUUUUAGAGUUUUUAGUAUCCUGGAUGUACAUAGUCCAUCUUUAUAUAUAAGUUGUUUUUGGGAGGGUCCCUUUGACUAGCUUGUACAGCUGUAUAUAGGAAACUUUCGCAAACUGUUGUCAUAUUCUCUUAAUACUACUGUAUAAUAUACACUACAAGAUCUAUUUAUUUGUAAUAAAAUAAUACUUGAAUACAA